AGCGUCAGUGGGCGCGGACGGUUGAUACGCGCGCGAUUAUAGUUUCUCCGUACGAGAGGCGUACGAGGGUCGCUCGUGUCGCUCGCGAUAACGGGCGCUCGCGCGUGGACGCUUGAACGCGUGAACGCGUGAAGCCGCGAGUGGUGCCGACUCCAGUGGACUUUUACUCCGUUUUUUUUUUCGCGCGUUCCACGACGCCGUGCGCCGGCGCGCGCGUGCCGAACGCGCGCCGCUCCGGUCCCUCGAAACGUGAAUGUGCCGCUUGGCCGCUGCGGGGCGGCCGACCGUCCUCGGUAAGACAUGCGUGCGGCGGGCCGCCGGUGGACGACCGUGGAUGCAACGACCGCAACGACGGGGAACGACGUGGUCGCGUCGCACGUGACUGCCGCCGCGGCAUCCGCGCAGUGAGUGAUCGCAACGAGAGAAAGUAACGCGCGCGCGCGCGCGCGCGCUCUUCCCCGCGUACCCGAGAUAGCGCGCACUGCGGCGCCGCGGGCGUUGUCGUCGUCGUCGUUGCCGAGCGUGGAGCGUGCUCCAUCGCGCGCGCGGAGCGCAGUGUGACCGGUGAUAUACACGUACGUAUACAAUACGUACGGUGCGCGAUUCCUGCCGGAUUCCGUUUCGUUUCGUUUCGUUUCAUUCCGUUCCGUUCCGUUCCGUUCCGUUCCGUUCUCGCGUGUGCCCUUUGCGGUGAUUUUCGGUGCCCGCGGAGGAGACUGCGAACCCUGGCACGUCAUCGUCCCAUUGUACGCCGCUGCGACACCAUCGCGUGGAGAAGAUGAGGCGCGCCAGCCUCAUCCGCGUCGCCCCCAGGAUGCAACCGGGAUUGCUGGUCUGCUGGUGCGUCAUCGCGACGAUCACUCUCGCCCUGGCUGCCUGGCAGGAGAACGUCAGGCCGAAGAUGUACGUCCAGCUAGGUGCGGAGGAUGUGUUCAGGUUUACGGGAAACGAGACGCACACAGACUACUUUCGGCUGGUGCUCAGGGACGGGAACUAUCUUCUGGUCGGCGGAAGAAAUCUCGUGCAUAAUCUCAGUCUGACCGACCUGACGGAGCAGCAGAGGCUGACCUGGUACUCGACGGAGAACGACGUGAAGAUGUGCGUCGUCAAGGGCACGCCCGAGGAGAACUGCCAGAACUACAUUCGCAUCCUCGUGAAGACCGGGUCGAAUAACCUCUUCGUGUGCGCCACCAACGCCUUCAAGCCUAUGUGCCGUGAUUAUACGGUGCACGCGGGCAACUAUACGAUCGUGAAGGAGAAGGGCGGCCAGGCUAGGUGCCCGUACGACCCGCAGCACAACAGCACCUUCGUCUACGUGGAUGGUGAACUCUACACCGGCACGGUCGCCGAUUUCGCGGGCAUGGACCCGAUAAUCUAUAGGGAGCCGCUGCAGACCGAGCAGUACGACUCGAUGAGUCUGAACGCACCGAACUUCGUGAGCUCCAUGUCCCAAGGAGACUUCGUCUACUUCUUCUUCAGAGAGACCGCUGUAGAAUAUAUCAAUUGCGGCAAGGCCGUCUACUCUCGCGUGGCGCGAGUCUGUAAAUACGACCGGGGCGGACCGCAUCGUUUCCGUAACAGGUGGACGUCCUUCUUGAAGUCGCGUCUCAAUUGCUCCGUCACCGGAGACUUUCCAUUCUACUUUAACGAGAUACAGUCAACGACCGAGCUGAUAUCGGGCCAGUACGGCGGCACGUCGGCCCAGCUCAUUUACGGCACCUUCACGACGCCGGUGAACAGCAUAAGCGGCUCGGCGGUGUGCGCGUUCUCGCUGCAGGACAUCGCCGACACCUUCGCUGGCAAUUUCAAGGAGCAGAGCGCCAUGAACUCCAACUGGCUGCCGGUGCAGGACACGAAGGUGCCGGAUCCGCGGCCCGGCCAGUGCACCAACGACUCGCGCACACUGCCGGAUCUGACGCUCAACUUCAUCAACACGCACUCGCUGAUGGACGAGUCGGUGCCGAGCUUUUUCGGCCAGCCGAUCGUUAUACGCACUAGUUUCCAUUACAGAUUCACUCAGAUCGCCGUGGAUCCUCAAGUGAAGACUCCGGGCGGCAAGACCUAUGACGUCCUCUUCAUCGGCACGGACAACGGCAAGGUGAUCAAGGCGGUGAACGCCGAGUCCGCCGAUUCUCACCAGAAAGUCAGUCCGGUCGUGAUCGAGGAGAUACAGGCGUUCCCGCCGACAGUACCGGUUCGCGGCAUCAAGGUCGUCCGAGCCUCGCAGGCGGGCGACGGCCUCGAGGACGGCCGAUUGGUCGUCAUCGCCGACAGUCAGGUGCAGGCGCUGAGACUCCAUCGCUGCUACAGCGACAGGAUACUGUCGUGCAGCGAGUGCGUGGCCCUGCAAGAUCCGUACUGCGCCUGGGACAAGGUGGAGAACAAGUGCAGAGCGUUGGUCGGCCCGGCGGCGACGGACGCCAGCAGGUUCCUGCAGAGCGUCGCGACCGGUCUACACGCGUCUUGCCCGGCGAGCAAGAGCCUUAACAAGGAUGCCGGCAGCGUCGGCGCUAUUUCCGCCAAUCAGAACAAGUUCCCGCAGGACUCCAUACCGAAUAAGGACAGCCCCGGCGGCGAAAUCAUUAACAUCAUGCAGGACGAGGAACAGGACAGCUCAGGUCCGGAAGUAUCCGCAGCUGACACGCCUCCUCCACAAUACUCGGUGGAGACUCUCGUGAUGGCCGUGGUAGCGGGUGCGCUGGCCGCGUUGUUCGUCGGCUUCGUAGCCGGUUAUUUAUGCGGCAGAAAAUGCAGGAAAGACGAGGACGACAAUCUACCAUAUCCGGACACGGAGUACGAGUACUUUGAGCAACGCCAAAAUGUGAACAGCAGGCUGGCGCCUGAGCCGAAGCUGCUACCGCAGGAGGAGGUGACCUACGCGGAGCCCGUGCUGGUUCCGCAACCUCCGAAACUCCAGUCCCCGAAAGGUACCAUGAGGAAACCACCGCCAACCCCCACGGAGACCCUCUUUCAAUUCCCGGACGGCUACGGUUUCCGCGGGGGUCCCCGCGGCGACAAUUUUGGCACCCUUCGCUCCCACCAGGGCGACGCGUAUCGUCGCAACGACGGCUUUGCGACCACGCGCAGCGUCAAGAAGGUUUAUCUCUGAGAAACGAGCGAGGAGGGGGGUGGCCGUCACCGGAGCCUAGGACGGCCAGCGCGCAAUCGCCACAACGCGACGACGGCCAGCAGGAGUAGUCGCGCUGUGACGUCCGGGGGACAGUCAAAUCGUACUGUUGCUUCCUACGGCGACGGCGGUAACGGCAAUAUAACAUGAGGCCUACGACAAGCACCAUAUACC